AUGGCGAGUUCGUCUCAUCAGCUGACGUUCGUAGCAUCGUGUAUGGCUUUAUCCAUGAUCAGCAUAAAUCGCUACCAUGCUAUAGUUAAUUGGACAUCUUAUGAGAGCAAGUACACUCGCCGUAAAUGUGCUUUUUAUGUUUGUAUUACCUGGUUUAUAACAAUCGUAUUAUCUAUACCUCCGUUUUUUGGUUGGGCGAAAUUCGAGUAUGAUCCAGGACAGAGUUAUUGUUUUGUUGAAUGGACAGCAAGUAAAUCGUACACGAUCUUUAUGAGCGCAGCUUGUUCAUGUGGUCCGUUAUCUAUAAUGACUUACUGUUAUGUUAGAAUACUUCGUUAUCACGAAGAUAGUGGCAGAGAUGUCCGCCAAAUGGCGCUACGUUCUAACAGCCCUUCGUUACAAACUCUUGAAAUGAUGGACAAAGCACAGGGGUCAAGAAAAAAUCGUUUGACAAGAACAGUAACAGUGUUAAUUGUCGUCUUUGGCAUUUGCUGGUCCCCUUUUGCGAUCAUAAUAUUGAUCCAAGUAUUCUCCAAUGCGCAUGUUCCACGCGCUGUGGAUUUUGGAUCCCUGGUUUUGGGAUACUUAAACAGUUUUUUCAACGUGGUUGUGUAUAACGCAACGAAUAAAAAACUUCGACGGCAAUUUUUGAAUUUCUUUUCAGUGAUUAUCUUUCGAAAAAAGGACAAACGUUCGCAAUACACUGAAGGCGCGCAUUGUCACAGUGUCAGUGCAUCGACGGGGAAUAAUAUUUAAAUUUUAGUCAAUAUUUUAUUGAUGCCAAAUCAUCAGGUACGAGAGAAACCUUUAAUGAAAUUGUGGUAAACCAAAUAAAAAACUUCGACG